GCGUGGGCGGGGGCGGCGGGAGCGGGUGCGCGGUGUUGAGGACUCGGCAGGCGGCAAGCGGGGCGGUUGCUGGCGGGCGGGCGCCGAGAGCCAGCCAGCGAGUAGAGCCGGCGGGGCCAUGGGGCGGCGGGCGGCGGGCGCGCUGCUGCUGGCGCUGCUGCUGCUGCACGGGCGGCUGCUCGCGGUAGCAUACCAUGACUGGUCUCUGUUCAACAAUGAAGAGAAGAGGUCCUGGGAGGGGCGGACUGGCAAGACCUUUCCUGACUAUUCUGAUGAUGAGGACCUGCUGGGUGAUGAUGCUGAAGCCUCUGGAGAUGACCUGGGCAGUGGUGAUGUGGGCAGUGGCAACUUCCACAUGGUUUACUUCAGGGCUCUGGUGAAUUUCACCCACUCCAUUGACUACAGCCCUGAAUUGGAAGAUGCAAGUUCCCAAGAGUUCCGGGAGGUAUCUGAGGCUAUUGUGGAGAAGCUGGAGUCAGAAUACUUGAAGAUUCCUGGAGACCAGGUUGUCAGUGUGGUGUUCAUCAAGGAGUUGGACGGCUGGGUCUUCGUGGAACUGGAUGUGGGCUCAGAAGGGAACUCAGAUGGGGCUCAGAUUCAGGAUGUGCUAUACAAGGUUGUAUCCAGUGGGUCCAUUGCUUCCUACAUUACCUCUCCCCAGGGAUUCCAGUUCCGACGCCUGGGUACAGUGCUCCAGUACCCAAGAGUUUGCACUGAGAAUGAGUUUGCCUGCCACAGCCAUAAUGAAUGUGUGCCCCUGGAGUACCGCUGUGACCGUAGACCUGACUGCAGAGACAUGUCUGAUGAGCUCAACUGUGAAGAGCCCGUCCAGGAACUCAGUCCCACAGCACCGCCUCUGAUGGAGGUGCCGCUAUUCUUCACACCCCGGCCAGAGGCAACCACCACUGAACAUCUACCAAGCACCUUGCCUCCCUGGCAUCUGCCUCCUAGUGCUGCUGGGCCCCUGAACUGUGGACCCCAAGAGGCUGCAUGCCACAGCGGGCAUUGCAUCCCCAAAGACUACAUCUGUGAUGGUCAGGAGGACUGCAAGGAUGGCAGUGAUGAGCUGGACUGUGGCCCAGCCCCGCCCUGUGAACCUAACGAGUUCCCCUGUGGAAAUGGGCACUGUGCCCUCAAGCUGUGGCACUGUGAUGGUGACUAUGACUGUGAAGACCACACCGAUGAGGCCAACUGUCCCACCAAGCAGCCAGAGUAUGUGUGUGGACCCACAGAGUUCCGCUGUGUCUCUACAAGCACGUGCAUCCCGGCCAGCUUCCACUGUGAUGAAGAGAGUGACUGUCCUGACCGCAGUGAUGAGAUUGGCUGCAUGCCCCCCCAGGUGGUGAUCCCUCCCCAGGAGUUGAUCCAGGUUUCCCGUGGCCAGACUGUGACCUUCACCUGUGUGGCCACUGGUGUCCCCACCCCCAUCAUCAACUGGAGGCUCAACUGGGGUCACAUCCCCUCUCAUCCCAGGGUGACAAUGACCAGUGAGGGAGGCCGUGGUACACUGACCAUACGUGAUGUGAAGGAGGCGGACCAGGGGGCAUACACUUGCGAGGCUAUGAAUGCCCGCGGCAUGGUGUUUGGGAUACCUGAUGGCGUCCUGGAGCUCAUUCCUCAGCAAGGUACACCCACCAUGGACAGCGGUAAAGCAGGACCUGCAGUCAGUGCUCAGCUGCACCCAGCCUCAGUCCGCCCUCUAGGACCAUGCCCCGAUGGGCACUUCUUCCUGGAGGACAGUGCCUCCUGCCUACCCUGCUUCUGCUUUGGUGUCACCAAUAUGUGCCAGAGCAGCCGCCGCUUCCGAGACCAGAUCCGACUGCGUUUUGACCAGCCCGAUGAUUUCAAGGGUGUGAAUGUGACGAUGCCCGCACAACCUGGCAUGCUGCCUCUCUCCUCCACCCAGCUACAGAUCGACACUGCAAGGCAGGAGUUCCAGCUGGUUGACCUGUCCCGCCGUUUCCUGGUCCAUGACUCUUUCUGGACUCUGCCUGAACAGUUCCUAGGCAACAAGGUCGACUCCUAUGGUGGCUCCCUGAACUACAAGGUGUACUAUGAUCUGGCACGUGGCAUGUUGGAGCCAGUGCAGAGGCCUGAUGUGGUCCUUGUAGGCGCUGGCUAUCGUCUCCAUUCCCGGGGCCACUCGCCUACCCAGCCUGGUACUCUUAACCAGCGCCAGGUUCACUUCUCUGAGGAGCACUGGGUCCAUGAGUCUGGCCAGCCGGUGCAGCGGGCAGAGAUGCUGCAGGUUCUACACAACCUGGAGGCUGUGCUCAUCCAGACAGUGUACAAUGCCAAGAUGGCCAGUGUGGGGCUAAGUGACAUCGCCAUGGACACUACUGUCACCUAUGCCACCAGCCAUGGCCAUGCCCACAGCGUGGAGGAGUGCAGGUGUCCCAGUGGCUAUUCUGGCUUGUCCUGUGAGAGCUGUGCUGCCCACUUCACACGGGUGCCUGAGGGCCCCUACUUGGGUACCUGUUCUGACUGUAAUUGUAAUGGCCACGCCAGCUCCUGUGACCCUGUGUAUGGCCACUGUUUGAACUGCCAGCAUAACACAGAGGGUCCGAAGUGCAACAAGUGCAAAGCUGGCUACUUUGGGGAUGCCACCAAGGCCACAGCCAUAGCCUGCCGGCCCUGCCCCUGCCCUUACAUCGAUGCCUCCCGCAGAUUCUCAGAUACCUGCUUCCUGGACACAGAUGGCCAAGCCACAUGUGACGCCUGUGCCGUAGGUUACACGGGCCGUCGCUGUGAGAGCUGUGCCCCCGGAUAUGAGGGCAACCCCAUCCAGCCGGGUGGGAAGUGUAGACCUGCAAACCAGGAGCUUGUGCGUUGUGAUGAACGAGGCAGCACGGGCAACUCUGGGGAGGCCUGCCACUGUAAGAGCAACGUUGUGGGCCGCCUGUGCAAUGAGUGCGUCCCUGGCUCUUUCCACUUGAGUACCCACAACCCAGAUGGCUGCCUCAAGUGCUUCUGCAUGGGUGUCAGUCGCCAGUGCACCAGCACCUCCUGGACCCGUGCCCAGGUACUUGGAGCCUCUGAGGAGCCCUCAAAGUUCAGCCUGACCAAUGCUGCCGGCACCCACACCACCAGUGAGGGCAUCUCUUCACCUAGGCCUGGGGAGCUGGUCUUCUCCUCCUUCCACAACCUCCUCUCUGGACCCUACUUUUGGAGCCUUCCUACAAUCUUCCGAGGGGACAAGGUCACCUCUUAUGGAGGAGAACUGCGCUUCAGGGUGACCCAGCAGCCCCAGGCUGAUUCCCCGCCCCUGCCAGCUCAGCCGCUGGUGGUUCUGCAGGGCAAUGGCAUCGUCUUGGAGCAUCACACCUCCCAGGAGCUCCCCCCGGGCCAGCCCAGAGCCUUUGCUGUUCCUUUCCGGGAGCAUGCAUGGCAGCGGCCUGAUGGGCAGCCAGCCACACGGGAGCAUCUGCUGAUGGCGUUGGCGGGUGUUGAUACCCUGCUGAUCCAGGCGUCCUACACCCAGCGGCCAGAUGAGAGCAGGGUCUCUGACAUCAGCAUGGAUGUGGCUGUGCCUGAAGACAGUGGCCAGGACCCUGCACUGGAAGUGGAGCAGUGUACCUGUCCGCCUGGGUACCGUGGCCCUUCCUGCCAGGACUGUGACACAGGCUAUACACGCACCCCCAGUGGCCUCUACCUGGGAACCUGUGAGCUAUGCAGCUGCCAUGGCCACACGGAGGUCUGUGAGCCCGAAACAGGAGCCUGCAUGGGCUGCCAGCAUCACACAGUGGGUCUUCGGUGUGAACAGUGCCAGCCAGGGUACUAUGGGGAUGCUCAGCGGGGAACGCCACAGGACUGCCAGCCAUGCCCAUGCUAUGGACCUCCUGCCUCUGACCAGACCACCCACACUUGCUUUCUGGACACAGACAGUCACCCUACCUGUGAUGCAUGUUCCCCUGGCCACAGUGGGAGACACUGUGAAAGGUGUGCCCCAGGUUACUAUGGCAAUCCCAGACAUGGCCAGCCAUGCAGAAGAGAUGACCAAACACAAGGGCCCAUCGGCUGUGUCUGUGACCCCCAGGGCAGCAUUAGCAGCCAGUGUGACACUACUGGCCAAUGCCAGUGCAAGGCCCAGGUGGAAGGUCUCACCUGCAGCCACUGCCGACCACACCACUUCUACCUGAGUGCUCGAAACCCAGAUGGCUGCCUGCCCUGCUUCUGCAUGGGCAUCACCCAACAGUGCUCCAGCUCCUCCUAUACCCGCCAGCUGAUCUCCACUCGCUUUGCCCCUGGGGACUUUCAAGGCUUUGCCCUGGUGAACCCACAGCACAACAGUCGCCUGACGGGAGACUUCACCGUGGAACCCAUGUCUGAGGGGGCCCAGCUUUCAUUUGGCAACUUUGCCCAUCUCGGCCAUGAGUCCUUCUACUGGCAGCUACCGGAGAAAUACCAGGGAGAUAAGGUGGAUGAUAUCCAGAGACAAAUGGAUGCUGAGGUCUGGCAGCUUCUUUCCAGUUUUGCUGCCCACCCAAAUUCCCCUCCCAAGGCACUCUCGCCCCAGCUCCAGCCUGCAGCUGCUCUGAGAGCUGUUCCACCUUUUUCCUCCUCCCCUUCUGCCUCCUCCUCCUCCUUUUCAGCUUCCCAGUCUGCCUCUGCAGGCUCUCAGUUUUCUCUGUACUACAAAGGCUUCUCUCUGCUUCCGGAAAGUCUCUACUAUUGGCAGCUGCCCCGCAUCUUCCUGGGGAACAAGGUGGCAGCUUAUGGUGGGAAACUCCGGUACACCCUCUCCUACACUGCAGGGGUUCAGAGUAGUCCACUCUCGGAUCCAGAUGUCCAGAUCAUGGGUAACAACAUCAUGCUGGUGACCACCCAGCCAACACCACCGGGGCCCGAGAGGAAGAGCUAUGAGAUCAUCUUCCGGGAGGAAUUCUGGCGCCGCAUGGAUGGGCAGCCAGCCACACGUGAGCAUCUACUAAUGGCACUGGCUGACCUGGAUGAACUCUUGGUCCGGGCCACAUUCUCCUCAGUGCCACAAGCAGCCAGUAUCAGCUCUGUCAGCAUGGAGGUUGCCCAGCCUGGGUUCUCAGAUGGACCCCGUGCCCUCGAGGUGGAGGAAUGCCGCUGCCCCCUGGGCUAUAUCGGCUUGUCCUGCCAGGACUGUGGCCCCGGAUACACACGUACUGGGAGUGGACUCUACCUUGGACACUGUGAGCUGUGUGAGUGCAAUGGCCACUCAGACCUGUGCCACCCAGAGACUGGUACCUGUUCGCAAUGUCAGCACAAUGCCACUGGGGAGUUCUGUGAGCUGUGUUCUCCUGGCUACUACGGAGAUGCCACAGCCGGGACGCCGGAGGACUGCCAGCCUUGCGCCUGUCCACUGACCAACCCUGAGAACAUGUUCUCCCGCACCUGUGAGAGCCUCGGGGCUGGUGGAUACCGCUGUACAGCCUGUGAACCUGGCUACACUGGCCAGUACUGUGAGCAGUGUGCCCCAGGUUACAUGGGCAACCCCAAUGUCCUGGGAGGCCGGUGUGUGCCACAGGCUGACCAUGCUCUGCUCGUGGUUCAGGCCCAGCCUGCUCAAAGUAUAGUCCCUCAGGGUAAUGCCCACUCCCUGCGGUGCCAUGCCAGUGGGAGUCCACCCUACUACUUCUACUGGUCUCGUGAGGAUGGGCGUCCUGUGCCCAGCAGUGCCCAGCAACGCCGUCAAGGCUCUGAACUCUACUUCCCCAGUGUCCAGCCCUCGGAUGCUGGUGUUUACAUCUGUACCUGUCGCAAUCUCCAUCAUGCCAACACCAGCCGGGCAGAGCUACUCGUCACUGAGGCUCCAAGUAAACCCAUCACAGUGAUGGUGGAGGAGCAGCGGAGCCAGAGUGUGCACCCUGGAGCUGAUGUCACCUUCAUUUGCACUGCCAAGAGCAAGUCUCCGGCCUACACCCUGGUAUGGACCCGCACACAUAAUGGGAAACUGCCAACCCGAGCCAUGGACUUCAACGGCAUCCUAACCAUCCGCAAUGUGCAGCCCAGUGAUGCUGGCACCUAUGUGUGUACCGGCUCCAACAUGUUUGCCAUGGACCAGGGCACAGCCACACUGCAUGUACAAGCUUCAGGGCAUCCAUCCAUCCCUGGGCCUCCGUCUGCCCCUGGCACCCCAUCCACCACCAUGGUGUCCAUCCACCCACCACAGCUAACUGUGCAGCCAGGCCAGUUGGCAGAGUUCCGCUGCAGUGCCACAGGAAGUCCCACACCUACCCUGGAGUGGACAGGAGGUCCUGGUGGCCAUCUCCCACAAAAAGCACAAGUCUAUGGUGGCAUCCUGCGCCUGCCGGCUGUGGAGCUCUCAGAUCAGGGCCAGUACCUGUGUCGGGCCCACAGCAGCAAUGGGCAGCAUGUGGCUAGGGCUGUGCUUCAUGUGCAAGGUGGCAAUGGGCCCAGGGUCCAGGUGAGCCCUGAGAGGACCCAGGUGCACGAAGGACGUACUGUCCGGCUGUACUGCAGGGCUGCAGGGGUACCCAGUGCCACCAUCACCUGGAAGAAGGAAGGGGGCAGCCUCCCCCCACAAGCCCGAUCUGAGCGCACCGACAUCGCCACCCUGCUCAUUCCAGCCAUCACAAGAGCAGAUGCUGGCUUCUACCUCUGUGUAGCCACCAGCCCCUUGGGCACUGCCCAGGCUCGCAUCCAAGUGGUCGUCCUGCCAGCCUCAGGCGCCAGCUCCCACCCAGUUAGGAUUGAAUCCUCAUCAUCUUCUGUGGCUGAAGGGCAGAUGCUGGAUCUCAACUGUGUGGUGUUGGGCUCGGCCCAGGCCCAGAUCACAUGGUACAAGCGAGGAGGCAGCCUGCCUCCCCACACCCAGGUCCAGGGCUCCCGCUUGAGGCUCCCUCAGGUUUCACCAGCUGAUUCUGGGGAAUAUGUGUGCCGAGUGGAGAAUGGGUCAGGCCCCAAGGAGGCCUCUAUCAUCGUUUCUGUGCUCCAUAGCUCCCAUCAAGGCUCCAUUGACAUCCCAGUGCUAGGUGGGCCCCCAGCACCUGGCAGAACACUGGGCAGCUCUCAGCAUAUCCACAUUGAGUCCUCCUCCUCCCAUGUGGCCGAAGGGCAGACCCUGGACCUGAACUGUGUGGUGCCUGGGCAGGCCCAUGCCCAGGUCUCCUGGCAUAGACGUGGGGGCAGCCUCCCCACUCGGCACCAGACCCAUGGCUCACUGCUGCGGCUGAACCAGGUAUCCCCAGUGGACUCAGGCGAGUAUGUGUGCCGAGUGGCCCUUGGUUCUGGACCCUUGGAGACUUCUGUACUGGUCACCAUUGAGGCCUCUGGCUCCAGUGCUCUUGCCAUCCCAGCCCCUGUCCCACCUGUCAGAAUUGAGUCCUCAUCUCCCACAGUAGCAGAGGGACAGACUCUGAACCUGAACUGUGUGGUAGCAGGUCAAGCACAUUCCCAGGUUACAUGGUACAAGCGUGGUGGCAGCCUCCCCGCAAGGCACCAGGUCCGAGGCUCCCGCCUAUACAUCUUCCAAGCCUCACCAGCUGACGCGGGCGAGUAUGUUUGCCGGGCCAGCAAUGGCAUGGAGGCCUCCUUCACAGUCAAAGUGACCGGGACUCAGGGGGCCAACUUUGUCUAUUCUCCUGCUGGUGCCCAGGCCAUCCGCAUUGAGUCCUCUUCAUCCCAUGUGGCUGAAGGGCAGACCCUGGACCUGAACUGUAUGGUGCCUGGGCAAGCCCAUGCCCAGGUCACCUGGCACAGGCGUGGUGGCAGCCUCCCUACUCGGCACCAGACACAUGGUUCACUGCUGAGACUACACCAGGUAUCCCCUGCUGACUCUGGCGAGUACAUGUGCCAAGUGUUGGGUGGUUCAGUGCCCCUGGAGGCUUCUGUCCUUGUUACCAUUGAACCUGCAAGCUCUGGGACUGCACUGGGGGUCACCCCUCCAGUAAGGAUAGAGCCCUCCUCCUCACACAUAACUGAAGGGCAGACCCUCGACCUGAAUUGCCUCACUGCUGGGCAAGCCCAUGUCCAGAUCACCUGGCACAAGCGUGGAGGCAGCCUCCCCACUCGACACCAGGUGCAUGGCUCCAGGCUACGGCUGCCCCAGGUGACUCCAGCUGACUCUGGGGAGUAUGUGUGUCGUGUGACUAGCAGCACAAGCACCGAGGAGGCCUCAGUGCUUGUCACCAUCCAGCAGCGCCUUGUCCCCCCCCAUACCCAGAGUGUGGUGUACCCCAUCCGCAUUGAGUCCUCCUCGGCCUCCCUGGCCAAUGGACAUACCCUGGAUUUGAACUGUCUGGUGACCAGUCAUGCCCCCCACACCAUCACCUGGUAUAAGCGUGGAGGUAGCCUGCCCAGCCGGCAUCAGAUCGUGGGCUCCCGGCUCCGGAUCCCCCAGGUGACGCCCUCUGACUCUGGCGAAUACGUGUGCCACGUCAGUAAUGGUGCUGGCUCCCAAGAGAGUUCACUUAUUGUCACCAUCCAGGGCAGUGGUUCCUCCCAUGUGCGAGCCACCCCUCCGUCCCCAGUACCCAGCGUCUCCCCACCAAUCAGGAUCGAGUCCUCCUCAUCCACAGUGGUUGAAGGACAGACCUUAGAUCUGAACUGUGUGGUCACUGGGCAGCCCCACGCCACCAUCACAUGGUACAAGCUUGGGGGCAGUCUUCCCUCCCACCACCAGACCCAAGACUCCCGCCUGCGGCUGCACCGAAUGUCCGUAGCUGACUCCGGCGAGUAUGUGUGCCGAGCUAACAACGACGUUGGUGUCAUGGAGACUUCCAUCUUGGUUUCAGUCUCCCCCAGUGCCAGCAGUCCCUCUGUCCCUGGUGGUGCUGGAAACAUCAGAAUUGAGUCUUCAUCUUCUCAAGUGAAUGAAGGGCAGACCCUGGACCUGCACUGCAUGGUGCCUGGACAGACCCAUGCCCAGGUCACCUGGCACAAGCGCGGGGGCAGCCUCCCUGCCCGGCACCAGGCCCAUGGCUCAAGGCUGCGUCUGUACCAGCUGUCCCUCGCUGACACAGGCGAGUAUGUGUGUCGUGUGGUGAGCAGCUCUGGCACUCUGGAGGCCUCCAUCCUGGUCACCGUUGAAGCCUCUGGCUCUAGUGCCACUCCUGCCUCACCCAUCCGCAUUGAGUCCUCCUCCUCUCAUGUGGCCGAAGGACAGACCCUGGACCUGAACUGCUUUGUACCUGGGCAGCCCCAUGCCCAGGUUACCUGGCACAGACGUGGAGGCAGUCUCCCUGCCCGACACCAGGUCCAUGGGCCACUGCUGAGGUUAAACCAAGUGUCCCCGGCUGACUCUGGUGAGUACUCAUGCCAAAUGAAGAGCAACUCAGGCACCCUGGAAGCAUCUGUCCUGGUCACAAUUGAGGCCUCCAAUCCAAGCCCCAUGCCGGCCCCAGGACUGGCCCAGCCUAUCUAUAUCGAAGGCUCCUCCUCCCACGUGGCUGAAGGGCAGACCCUGGACCUAAACUGUGUAGUUCCCGGGCAGGACCAUGCCCAGGUCACCUGGCAAAAGCGCGGGGGUAGCCUUCCUGCCCGGCAUCAGAUUCACAGCUCCCGCCUGCGAAUCCCCCACGUCUCCCCUGCUGACUCUGGCGAGUAUGUGUGCCGAGUGGCUGGCAGUGAGAGCCCUGAGCAGGAGGCCUCCUUCACAGUCACCAUCCCACCCAGUGCGGGCUCCUCCUACCGCCUUAGGAGCCCUGUCAUCUCAAUUGACCCGCCCAGCAGCACCGUGCAGCAGGGCCAAAAUGCAAGCUUCAAGUGCCUCAUCCACGAUGGGGCAGCUCCCAUCAGCCUGGAGUGGAAGACUCGCAACCAACAGCUGGAGGACAACAUCCACAUCAGCCCCAAUGGCUCUGUCAUCAUCAUCGUGGGUGCUCGGCCCAGCAACCAUGGUGCCUACCGCUGUGUAGCCUCUAAUGCUUAUGGUGUGGCCCAGAGUAUCGUGAGCCUCAGUGUGCAUGGACCCCCUGUGGUGUCUGUGCUCCCCGAAGGCCCCAUAAGGGUGAAGGUAGGAAAGGACAUCACCCUGGAGUGUGUGAGUGCUGGGGAGCCCCGAUCCUCUACUCGUUGGACCCGAAUUGGCACCUCUAACAGUCUGGAACAGAGGACAUAUGGAGUGGUGGACAGCCACACAGUGCUGCAGAUCUCAUCAGCUAAGCCAUCAGAUGCAGGCACCUACAUAUGCCUUGCUCAGAAUGCACUGGGCACAACACAGAAACAAGUGGAGGUGAUUGUGGACACAGGCAUUGUGGCUCCAGGAAUGCCCCAGGUUCAGGUUGAAGAAGUAGAGCUGACUGUGGAGGCUGGACACACAGCCACCCUGCGCUGCUCAGCCACAGGCAGCCCCAUGCCCACCAUCCACUGGUCCAAGCUACGCUCCCCACUGCCCUGGCAGCAUCGGCUGGAAGGCAAUACACUCAUCAUCCCUCAGGUGGCCCAGCAGGACUCGGGCCAGUACAUCUGCAAUGCCACUAACCCUGUUGGGCAUGUCGAAGCCACUGUUGUCCUGCACGUGGAAAGCCCACCAUAUGCCACCACCAUCCCAGAACACACUUCAGUGCAUGCAGGGGAGAUGGUACAACUCCAGUGCCUGGCACAUGGCACACCCCCGCUCACUUUCCAGUGGAGUCGUGUAGGGGGCAACCUGCCCACAAGGGCUGCCAUCAGGAAUAAUCUGCUGCAUCUUGAGCACACAGUUCCUGAGGACUCUGGCCACUACCGCUGCCAGGUCACCAACAAAGUGGGCACAGCAGAGGCCUUUGCCGAGGUGCUCAUUCAAGGCCCUGCCAGCUCUCUCCCUGUCAGCCCAGCAAGGCCUGCACCCACUAUCCAGGUCACACCUCAGCUGGAAACCAAGAGCAUUGGAGCCAGUGUGGAGUUCCACUGUGCUGUGCCCAGCAACGAGGGCACCCAACUUCGAUGGCUUAAGGAAGGGGGCCAGCUACCUGCUGAUCACAGUGUGCAGGAUGGGGUGCUUCGAAUCCAGAACUUGGAUCAGAGCUGCCAAGGAACUUAUGUUUGCCAGGCCUAUGGACCCUGGGGACAGGCCCAGGCCAGUGCCCAAUUGAUUGUUCAAGCCCUGCCCUCCGUGCUUAUCAACAUCCGCACCUCUGUGCACACUGUGGUGGUGGGCCACACUGUGGAGUUCGAGUGCCUGGCACUGGGUGAACCCAAGCCUCAGGUAACAUGGAGCAAAGUUGGAGGGCGCCUGCGGCCUGGCAUUGUGCAGAAUGGAGGCAUCAUCAGGAUCACCCAAGUGGAGCUGGCCGACUCUGGACAGUACCGCUGCACUGCCACCAACUCAGCCGGCUCCACCCAGUCCCAAAUGCUGCUGCUCGUGCAAGCCUUGCCUCUGAUCUCAACACCUCCAGAGGUUCGUGUGCCUGCUGGCUCUGCGGCUGUCUUCCCCUGCAUGGCCUCUGGCUAUCCCACACCUGACAUCACCUGGAGCAAGCUGGACGGUGACCUGCCACCCAACAGCCGGCUGGAGAACAACAUGCUGAUGCUGCCCUCAGUCCAGCCACAGGAUGCAGGCACCUAUGUCUGCACGGCCACCAACCACCAGGGCAAGGUCAAAGCCUUUGCCCACCUGCAGGUGCCAGAGCGGGUGGUGCCCUACUUCACACAGACCCCUCACUCAUUCUUGCCACUGCCUACCAUCAAGGAUGCCUACAGGAAGUUUGAGAUCAAGAUCACCUUCCGGCCUGACUCUGCUGAUGGGAUGCUGCUAUACAAUGGGCAGAAGUGGAUCCCAGGGAGCCCCACCAACCUGGCCAACAGGCAGCCUGACUUCAUCUCCUUUGGCCUUGUGGGUGGAAGACCUGAGUUCCGGUUUGAUGCAGGCUCAGGCAUGGCUACCAUCCGCCACCCCACACCAUUGGCACUGGGCCAUUUCCACACUGUGACCCUGUUCCGCAGCCUCACACAAGGUUCCAUGAUUGUGGGUGGCUUUGAUCCAAUCAAUGGGACCUCUCAGGGCAAGUUCCAGGGCUUGGACCUGAAUGAGGAGCUCUACCUGGGGGGCUACCCAGACUACAGUGCCAUCCCCAAGGUGGGGCUGAAUAGCGGCUUUGUAGGCUGUGUCCAGGAGUUGCUCAUCCAGGGUGAAGAGAUCAUCUUCCAUGACUUGAACCUCACAGCACAUGGCAUCUCCCACUGCCCCACCUGUCAGGACCGGCCCUGCCAGAAUGGAGGCCAGUGCCAGGACUCGGAAAGCAGUAGCUACGUGUGCAUCUGCCGGACAGGCUUUACAGGGAGCCGCUGUGAGCACUCCCAGGCCCUGCACUGCCACCCAGAGGCCUGCGGCCCUGAUGCCACCUGUGUGAACAGACCUGAUGGCCAAGGCUACACCUGCCGCUGCCACCUGGGCCGCUUUGGGACAAGGUGUGAAGAAGGUGUGACAGUGACCACCCCCUCCAUGUUGGGUACUGGCUCUUACCUGACCCUGCCCGCCCUCACCAAUAUUCACCAUGAGCUACGCCUGGAUGUUGAGUUCAAGCCACUGGGCCCCAACGGCAUCUUGGUGUUCAGCGGGGGGAAAAGUGGGCCUGUGGAGGACUUUGUGUCCCUGGCGAUGGUUGAUGGCCACCUGGAGUUCCGAUACGAGCUGGGAUCAGGGCUGGCCAUCCUCCGGAGCCCCGAGCCGUUAGCCCUGGGUCGCUGGCACCACGUGUCUGCGGAGCGACUCAACAAGGAUGGCAGCCUGCAUGUGGAUGGCGGCCACCCUGUGCUACGCUCCUCACCUGGCAAGAGCCUGGGCCUCAAUCUGCAUACCCCCCUCUAUCUCGGUGGUGUGGAGCCCUCCGUGCAGCUGCCUCAGGCUAUAAACACCAGCACUCACUUCUGGGGUUGUAUGGGCAAGGUAUCUGUAAAUGGAAAGCGGCUGGACCUGACUUACAGCUUCCUGGGCAGCCGGGGCAUUGGGCAGUGCUUCGACAGUUCCCCGUGUGAGCGCCAGCCUUGCCUCAACAGUGCCACGUGCAUGCCAGCUGGUGAAUAUGAAUUCCAGUGCCUGUGUCAAGAUGGCUUCAAAGGAGUCUUUUGUGAACACAAGGAGAACCCCUGCCAGCUCCGUGAACCCUGUCUGCAUGGGGGCACCUGCCAGGGCAACCACUGCCUCUGCCCCCCAGGCUUCUCUGGAUCACGUUGCCAACAAGGCUCUGGACAUAGAACAGGGGACUCUGACUGGCAUCUAGAAGGCAGUGGGGGCAAUGAUGCCCCUGGGCAGUAUGGAGCCUAUUUCCAUGACAACGGCUUCAUAGUCCUUCCUGGCAGUGUCUUCUCUCGGGGCCUACCUGAGGUGCCUGAGACCAUUGAGCUAGAGGUUCGGAGCAACACAGCCAGUGGCCUGCUGCUCUGGCAGGGUGUGGAGGUGGGAGAGAUUGGUCAAGGCCAGGACUUCAUCUCUCUUGGGCUUCAAGAUGGACACCUUGUCUUCAGCUACCAGCUGGGCAGUGGGGAGGCUCACCUUGUCUCUGAAGACCCCAUCAAUGAUGGAGAGUGGCAUCACGUGACAGCACUACGAAAGGGCCGCAGAGGCUCCAUCCAGGUGGAUGGUGAGGAGCUGGUUACUGGCCAGUCCCUGGGACCUAACGUGGCAGUCAACACCAAGGGCAACAUCUACAUUGGUGGAGCCCCUGAUAUAGCCAAGCUGACUGGAGGCCGGUUUUCCUCAGGCAUCACAGGCUGUAUCAAGAACCUGGUGCUACACUGUUCCCAUCCUGGCGCUGCACCCCCACAGCCAUUGGAUCUGCAGCACAGUGCCCAGUCAGGAGCUAACACACGCUCCUGCCCCUCCUAGGCACCUGCCUGCCCCUACAGACUCCCGGGCAGGCCCCCGCCCACAAUGUCGAGUAUAUUAUUAUCAAUAUUAUUAUGAUGAAUAUUUUGUAAGAAACAGAGGUGAUGCCACGCUUUGCUGCUACUGUCCUGGGCUGACUGGAGGUGGACACACAUCACCCACUACACACACACCCAGGCAAGGCCACAGGCUACUGGGCAGGACAGCUGGAUGGAUGUAGUGCCUCAGAGGGCUGCUAGAACCUGGGCUCAGGCAUGGUAUCUGCUUGGAACUGCUCCCACCCACCCAUACACACAUGGAAUCCCCCAAGAUAGAGAUGGGCUGCUCAUUCUUGCAGCCUUUGUUUUUCCAAGAGACCCCUCUGCUUACAACCUGGUGCAUCACUAGCUUCCUGGAGCUGGGACCUGUCCAUGGCCUUGGCUACCCUCCUCUGGGUUUAUUGGAAAAGCUCUUUGGUGCCAAAUCUGGAGCAGAAAGCAGUUCAUCCCAGGACAGGCAGCCCCCACCCCACCAGCCCAUGUCUUUCCCCUCACCCCCAUCUGUCUAGCCAGCCAGGUCACUUUCAACCCUGGAAGUCUCAACUCCCUACCACCACCAACAAAUCCUCCUGGUCUGCAACUCCUACCCAUCCCCAUGCUCUUCUAGAGCUCCUGCCUUGGGAGCUGCAAGGAAAGCCCCUUGACUCUUGCUAGGAGCUGCUACAGGCAGAGCCCACCACAGAGAGGUCCUCAUGCCCACAUCAGGCCACACCCCACCCUCACUGAUCUGGAAGUGAAGGCCCAGGAGACAUAAGGGGAGGGGGCCAUUGAUGGUCAGAUUCUGUGCCUUGGGUUGAGGAGGAACCAGGACUUAACCACUGGGAGGGACAGGAAGUAAACAUGACAGCCCUGCCUCAUCUGUGGGAACCUGAGGGUCCAACUGGAAGAUAAGUCUCCUCUGCUUCCUAGCAGCCCCUAAAUGGUGGGGUCAGGACACCUGACCUCUGUGUGCUAGAAGGGACCCUCCUGUGGUCUUGGUUUUGGUCUUUCUUAAUAAAUGGUGCUAUCCCCACCAGG